AUGGCCUCCACGUUGCGACUUGGAACCUCCGCUAUUCGCUCCACCACUCUGGCUAGCAAGCCGGCUGUGCAGUCUGCUGCCUUGAAUGGCUUGCGCUGCUACUCUACCGGCAAGGCCAAGUCCCUGAAGGAGACUUUCGCCGACAAGCUUCCCGCUGAGCUCGAGAAGGUCAAGAAGCUCCGGAAAGAGCAUGGCCACAAGGUGAUCGGUGAGGUCACCCUUGACCAGGCCUACGGUGGUGCCCGUGGCAUCAAGGCCCUGGUUUGGGAGGGCUCUGUUCUGGACUCCGAGGAGGGUAUCCGCUUCCGUGGCCGCACCAUCCCCGAGUGCCAGGAACUUCUCCCCAAGGCCCCUGGUGGCGAGGAGCCUCUCCCCGAAGGUCUCUUCUGGCUCCUGUUGACCGGUGAGGUCCCCUCCGAGCAGCAGGUUCGCGACCUGUCUGCCGAGUGGGCUGCUCGCUCCGAUCUCCCCAAGUUCAUUGAGGAGCUUAUCGACCGCUGCCCUAGCACUUUGCACCCUAUGUCCCAGUUCUCGUUGGCCGUCACUGCCCUCGAGCACGAGUCUGCCUUCGCCAAGGCCUACGCCAAGGGCAUGAACAAGAAGGACUACUGGAACUACACUUUCGAGGACUCCAUGGACCUCAUUGCCAAGCUGCCUACCAUUGCCGCCAAGAUCUACCGCAACGUCUUCAAGGACGGCAAGGUCGCUCCCAUCCAGAAGGACAAGGACUACUCCUACAACUUGGCCAACCAGCUCGGCUUCGGCGACAACAAGGACUUCGUUGAGCUCAUGCGUCUGUACCUCACCAUCCACUCUGACCACGAGGGUGGCAACGUCAGCGCCCACACCACCCACCUUGUCGGUAGCGCUCUGAGCUCCCCCAUGCUCUCUCUGGCCGCCGGUCUGAACGGAUUGGCUGGUCCCCUUCACGGAUUGGCCAACCAGGAGGUGCUUAACUGGCUCACCAAGAUGAAGGCCGCCGUCGGCAACGACCUCAGCGACCAGGCCAUCAAGGACUACCUGUGGUCCACCCUGAACGCCGGCCAGGUUGUUCCCGGCUACGGCCACGCCGUCCUUCGUAAGACGGAUCCCCGUUACGUUUCCCAGCGCGAGUUUGCCCUUCGCAAGCUCCCUGAGGACCCUAUGUUCAAGCUGGUCAGCCAGGUUUACAAGAUCGCCCCUGGCGUCCUGACUGAGCACGGCAAGACCAAGAACCCCUUCCCCAACGUCGAUGCCCACUCUGGUGUCCUCCUGCAGUACUACGGCCUGACUGAGGCCAACUACUACACCGUCCUGUUCGGUGUCUCCCGCGCCCUUGGUGUCCUUCCCCAGCUGAUCAUUGACCGUGCUCUCGGUGCCCCCAUCGAGCGUCCCAAGAGUUUCAGCACUGAGGCCUACGCCAAGCUGGUCGGUGCCAAGCUCUAA